AUGGAGAACGUGAAAGAGUCGAGUGAGGAGUUUGCUCUUCAAGGUAGUAACGAGAAGCUACCGGUGACGGGAGAAGGUGACGUGGUCCUGCAGAGUCCUUAUGGAGGAAUGAAGCUUGAGCGUAUGUUGUUGGUUGAGGAUCUGAAGGUGAACCUCGUAAGUCAAGCACGGCUUGAUGAUUUGGCGUGCAAGGUAUCCUAUGAUGAUGGUAAGGUUACGGUGUUUGGUCCUAUGUUGGAGAAGUAUUCGGAUGGUUACUUCAAUGACGGUUUUUAUGAGAUGGGUUCGAUUGCAUUGAAUGACAUGGAUGAAGUGUAUGAGGAUGGUGAAUUCUAUAAGGUUGGAUUGAAGGAGAGUUCAUUCAUUGAGCUUGGUGAGAUUGAUUACACAGAAGAUGCGGCAUCUAGUCAGAAGAAGGACAUGUCAGUCAAGGAGGAGGAUGUGCUUGUGGAGAAAACGCACCGGCAAUGCUGGAGCAACGGCUGGCUCUCCCGUGCCGUCCCCCUCACCCCUCACCCCUCCCCUCAUCCCCCGCCGACACUUCCUCCCCUCCCCAAAGCCAGCAACGCUCUGCAGGAGCUGCCCGCCGUGCCGCCCACUGCUGAACCCAUUGCCCCUACCCCCUGCCUUCAACCUGCCCCUCCUCUACCCCUCUACCAUCCUUCCCAGUCCAUCUUGUGGCACGGGGGGAAUUGUGGCAUAGGGGCAAGCGUGGCAUGGGGGGAAGCGUGGCAUGGGAAGUGUGGCAUGGGGGGAAGUGUGGCAUGGGUUGAAGUGUGGCAUGGGGGGAAAUGUGGCAUGGGGGGAUGUGUGGCAUGGGGGGAUGUGUGGCAUGGGGGCAAGUGGGAUGUGUGGCAUGGGGGGUUGUGUGGCAUGGGGGGAAGUGUGGCAUGGAGGGAAGUCUGGCAUGGGGGGAAGUGUGGCAUAGGGGGAAGUGUGGCAUGGGGGGACGUGUGGCAUGGGGGCAAUGGCAUGGGGGGAUGUGUGGCAUGGGGGGAAGUGUGGCAUGGGGGGAAUUGUGGCAUGGGGGAACGUGUGGCAUGGGGGGAUAUGCGGCAUGGGGGCAAGUGUGGCAUGGGGGAUGUGUGGCAUGGGGGGAUGUGUGGUAUGGGGGGUUGUGUGGCAUGGGGGGAAGUGUGGCAUGGAGGGGAGUGUGGCAUGGGGGAAAGUGGGGAUGUGUGGCAUGGGGGCACAUGUGGCAUGGGGGGAUGUGUGGCAUGGGGGCAAGUGUGGCAUGGGGGGAUGUGUGGCAUCGGGGGAAGUGUGGCAUGGGGGGAUGUGUGGCAUGGGGGGAUGUGUGGCAUGGAGGCAAGUGUGGCAUGGGGGGAUGUGUGGCAUGGGGGCAAGUGUGGCAUGGGGGGAUGUGUGGCAUGGGGGGAUGUGUGGCAUGGGGGGUUGUGUGGCAUGGGGGGAAGUGUGGCAUGGAGGGAAGUGUGGCAUGGGGGUAAGUGUGGCAUGGGGGGAAGUGUGGCAUUGGGGGAUGUGUGGCUUGGGAGGAUGUAUGACAUGGGGGCAAGUGUGGCAUGGGGGGAUGUGUGGCAUGGGGGCAAGUGUGGCAUGGGGGGAUGUGUGGCAUGGGGGCAAGUGUGGCAUGGGGGAUGUGUGGCAUGGGGAAAUGUGUGGCAUGGGGGGUUGUGUGGCAUGGGGGCAAGUGUGGCAUGGAGGGAAGUGUGGCAUGGGGGGAAGUGUGGCAUAGGGGGAAGUGUGGCAUUGGGGGACGUGUUGCAUGGAAGGAUGUGUGGCAUGGGGGCAAGUGUGGCAUGGGGGGAUGUGUGGCAUGGGGGCAAGUGUGGCAUGGGGGGAUGUGUGGCAUGGGGGGAUGUGGGGCAUGGGGCAAGUGUGGCAUGGGGGGAUGUGUGGCAUGGGGGGAAGUGUGGUAUGGGGGGAAGUGUGGCAUGGAGGGAAGUGUGGGUACAUACGAAGAGGCAUGAGUGCGUGGGUGCACUACAAUCAUGUCACAGACACACCAAGGCUUCUCUCCAGCCCUGA